GUGUGUGAGAGAGAGAGAAAGAGAGAGGGGGGUAGAGAAAGAGAGACAUGCACACAAUGAAAGAGAGAGAGAGGAUAGAGAGGAGAGUGAGGAGAGAGGUUGGUAGAGAGUAUGUGUGUAAGAGAGAGAUAGAGAGAGAGAGGGAGAGAAAGAGAAAGAGAAUAAAGAGAGAUAGAGAAAGAGAGACACAGAGAGAAAGAUCGAGUGAGGGAGAGAGAGAGAGGUUGAUAGAGAGUGUGUGUGAGAGAGAGAGGAUACAGAUAGAGUGAGAGAGGGAGAAUAGAGAGAGAGGGAGAGAGAGGUUGGUAGAGAGUGUGUUAUAGAGAGAAAGAGUGAGAGGAUAGAGAUAGAUAGAGAGAGUGAGAGAGGGAGGGAAGAGGGAGAUUGGUAGAGAGAGAGUGAACGAACAAAUACGAGAGAGAGAGAGAGAGAUAGAGAGCAAGGGAGGGAGAGAGAGAGACUCCAGCACCAGUCCUGCCACACAAAACCUGAGCGGGAAAGCAGACCCUGCAGCUCCAUGCUUGGAUUUUAAGCCGUAUCUCUUCUGAAAGCUGCUGCUGGUGACGAUGGGCAGGGAUUGAGAUGAACUGUGCUGGAAGUGCAGGCAGCCAACCUCCCAGGAAGAUGUGAAGAGAGAUGUGAAGUACCCUGCACAUAAAGCAGAAGCUGAACCUACACGUUCGCCUUGUGAUAAAGAUGAUAAAGAUGCAGCGACAGGAGAACAAGCCUGCAGAAGUGCUGGAAACUAGGGGAGGACAUCGGGCACUUUACUAGCCUGCACAGAGUGGAGUGGACUAGUGGACUGGACCUGAGCUGGCUGUGAUUUUUUAAACCUGGAGAACCUGGAGGAUCCUUAGGCUACUCAACAUGCUGAUGAUACAGAAAGACUAAAAAUAUGACAAUUUAUGUGGCAAGAGUUUUUGUCUUACUUAUGUUAGAUCAUUACUUUCUUAAUAUGCCAUCAUUUGCCAUUGUCGUGGGACCUGGAAAGUUGCUCCUGGCUUCUUAGCAUUGUUUUAUUUUUCCUUUGAAUGAAUCCCAUGGCUUCUGACACCUGCUUACAUUUACACAAUCCAUAUCUACUGGGGAUGAAUAUUGGAUAAAGUCAUACAUGUGUCUUCUGUGGAUGAAAAAGAUCAAUGAGCUUUCAGCGAUGAAGCCAAGUUAGAGUGAUCAAAAGGACUACUACCAAAAAGGAUACCUACUUGGAGAUACACUUAUACUUUUCUUCUAUAGUUUCCAGAUUUACCAUAGUACAAACUUUCAUAAAGAAACCUGACAGUCACCAGCAUCACUGGGCAGCAUCAGCAUCCGCUUCUUACAGUAGUUUUUAACUCAAGUGGUGGAUGCUGAUUUUCCACCCGGCAUGCUGAAGGGCCGCUGCUGUGUUCUCUUCAGUGACCUGAAGCUGCUCCUGCUCAGGCCACAGGCCUCCCAGGUCCCCCAGGCUCAACAGACGCCUCCUGUGCUCAGCCCCAUGAGCGGACCACCAGACACACGCCGUGAAAGCGAAGGCAACCAGUGCUCCUGCGCCGCCAACAACAACAACACCAGCUUCCGGCUCCAGCACUGGAGUGUCCCCUCCACAGAGUGUCCUGUGGGGCCAGAGACACAGAAGCCCACAGCAGCUGAGGACUUCUCCAAAAGGGACAAACACGACGAGCGCUUCUCCUUCAUCAGUUACGCUGAGGGCGUACCUGUGUGCAGGAUAUGCUUCCAAGGACCAGAGCAGGGAGAACUGCUUAGUCCAUGUCGUUGUAGUGGUUCAGUCCGCAGUACCCACCAGCCCUGUCUCAUUAAGUGGAUCAGUGAGAGAGGCUCCUGGACGUGCGAGCUCUGCUACUAUAAGUACCAGGUCAUUGCCAUCAGCACCAAGAACCCACUGCAGUGGCAGGCCAUCUCUCUAACAGUAAUAGAGAAGGUCCAGAUUGCGGCAGCCAUCUUGGGCUCACUCUUUCUCAUCGCCAGCAUAUCCUGGCUGGUUUGGUCUUCGCUCAGCCCCUCGGCCAAGUGGCAGCGGCAGGACCUGCUCUUCCAGAUCUGCUACGGCAUGUACGGCUUCAUGGACGUGGUCUGCAUAGCCUUGAUAGUCCACGAGGGCCCUUCUGUGUUCCGCAUUUUUCAUCGCUGGCAGGCUGUGAAUCAGAAGUGGAAAGUAUUGAACUAUGACAAGAAGAGGGACAGUGAGGAGCUGAAGGCCAGUGAAAGUGAGUGGACUCUCUCUCUAAUGCAGGAGCAGCCCGGAGCGGCCGUAUCGCCGGCCACCUCCUCUCUACUGGCUGCUGCCGCGGCGGUGUCCCCGGAUACACCGAACGCAGCAGCGGCAUCAGCGGCAGCACAGGACUCUGCACACAGUCACGGCAAUGGAGCAGUCGUGUCUGACCAUCACUGUCCUUACAACUUCCUCUAUCUUCUCAGCCACCUUCGGCCCCACGAGCUGCGUAGCCAGCCCAGCAAUACCAGCAGCAGCAGCAGCAGCCACCAGCCCAGAGAACUGGUCAUGAGAGUAACCACAGUGUGAGCAAAGGCCUUAUAACUGUACUGUCAAAUAAAAAUAAGAAAAGCACAAACCGGUGAUAAAUAUUUAUCAUACACAACCGCAGGCCUUGUCUACAAGGAACAAAAGCACAAUGCAGUCUCUGUUUGGAGUGCUUGCUUUAAUGGGAUGAAGUGGUUCUGCUCUGAAUUGUGUGGAUAAAAAGGGUAGAACAUAAGGAAGUGGUGCAGCUACAAUGGUACAAUGGUAAUGGGAUACAAUAUAAUAUAAUAUAAAAUACAAUACUCUAUUUGCAGCAGACAAAAGAGUUUCCUAUCUACACUCAUCGUCAAAGAAAUACUGGGUUGAAAAAUAAUAGCACCCAGACAGAAACCAGAUUCCAAUGCUGUAUGAAAAAAAUAUUUAUUGCAGAUUUAGGCUGGUAUGGACAACUCUUGGUCAUGUUUAUUCAUUUACAUCUACAGAAGUAAUGUGUAACAAGUGUAAUGCAACAUGCAGUCUCGGUAUGGAGUUAGAGAGGUUCCUAAUGGCGUCCUGAUCACUCAGUUCCUGGAGAUUUUUGUAGUAAAGAUGUAGGAUUGUUGAAAGAACGUCCAGAAGCAUCCCACACAUUUUCAAUUAGGGGUAAUUCUGAAGGUACAGGUGGUCAAGGCAAGCUCUUGCGAUGGCAGCAGUAUGUGUAUUAGUAUUCACUUGUUAUUGAAUAGUGCACCAUAGUGUGCAUUCUAAAAAAGGUAGGGCCAAUGGUUGCAGGAAUUCAUUAACAUAACGUUGGACUGUCAGACAUGGAUUUGUUGGUUGUCUCCAUCUAAACAAAAGCAUAACUCAUCACUGAAGAUGACCCACUCUGUGAAACGACACAUCUCCAUGACUACCCACCAAGUUUCAUUCCAGCUGGUGGGUGCAACUUUGUGUGCAGUAUUUCUUUGACGAUAAGUGUAUCUUUCUAAUCUUUCCAGAUGUGUCUCUCAAUCAGCCUUCCACACAAUUACCUUAAUGUUUAACCUGUUUAGCUCUUCAGGAAAAGUCCAGUUGCUGAGCAUCUCAGGAGCUUCUGAGAGAGCAGGUCCACAAUCACACAUCUCCUAUACUGACAGUUGGUAUCCUACAGUUCUACAGCACAAACCUUCUCAGUCAGAAACAACUAUAUGCUCUCCUGCUGUUUUUUUUAUCACAUAAGUCAAAAUAAAAUUAAUGGUCUGAAGAGGACUCUUGUCUAACAUUUGUAGUGUUUUUCUUUUUUUUAAGACAUUGCUGUCUCAGUCAUAUGAGUUGCCAUUAAGUGCUUACUACUGUACGUCAGAUGUUUCCAUUUUCCAUUUUCCACUGUUUACUAUGGUGUUUCUGAGAUGAUUUUUGUGUUGUUGCCAUUUCAUACCAAGUGAAAAAAAGCAAAUAAAUUCAUAUACGCGAUGAAAA